UGUCCAUUUUAGUUUGCCAGUGGUAAUCAACGGAUACUUUUCGUACCAGUUUAUGAAGGGGAAUUCCAAGUCACGUCCGAAGCUAAGUAACUUAACAGCAGUUUAGAAGCUAUUACGCGUCCGGUUAGAAUGUGGGUGUUGAAGUGCUCGGUGGCCUUUCUUCUUCUGAUAAUCGGAACAUGCAGUGGAGUUCCACGUGAUGGUUACGGCCCUGGAAAACAAGACUGGGGAUUCGUGGAGGUUCGAAAGGGAGCACACAUGUUCUGGUGGUUGUACUACACAACUGCCGAUGUCGACCAGUACACCGAUCGUCCACUGCUCAUCUGGCUACAGGGUGGUCCUGGAGCAUCAUCAAUGUAUGGGAAUUUCGAGGAACUUGGUCCACUGACUUUGGAAGGAGAGUACCGGAAUCAUACUUGGGUCAGAAACUACAAUGUUUUAUUCAUUGACAACCCGGUUGGCACUGGUUUCAGCUACGUUGAAAAUUCAACUCUAUUAACCAAAACAAAUGCCGAAAUUGCUGAUGAUCUCCUAACAUUCACCAAAGAAUUUUAUCGACUUAAUCCAGAGUUCAAGUAUACUCCGUUGCAUAUCUAUGCGGAAAGUUAUGGUGGAAAAAUGGCCCCAGAAUUCGCAUAUGUUUUGAACAAGGCUAUCACAAAUGAAGAAAUUGAUAUCAAGCUGGAGUCGGUAGGCAUUGUCGCACCCUGGGUCUCACCUAUCGAUUCUGUUUUAUCGUGGGGCGAAUUUCUACUAAAUAUGGGAUUUGUCGACACAAAAGGAUACCGAAAGAUACAAGCAGCUGCUAUAGAAACGGAACAUAUAUUGAACGAAGGCAAAUAUUUGGAGGCAACCUGGCAGUGGGGCAAAACAGAAAAUGUCAUCUUGGAACAGACUUUGGGUAUUGAUUUUUAUAAUGUUCUAUUUGCUCAAGAUUUCCUAUCGACUCAAUUCAGAUUGACGAUGUUUGCAAAGGAUAUGAAACAGGCUACACUAGACAGCGCCAUUCGAUUGGCUUCUGAAGAUCGCGACCAAAUGCUGCAGGAUCUGAUGCGGGGUCCGGUUGCUUCGGCACUGGAACUACCGCCGGAAUCUCUGUUCGGUUCCCAAGCUGGAAACGUUUUCGGGAGCAUGGCGGAAGAUUUCAUGAAGCCAGCGAUUCACAUAAUUGAGCUCUUACUGAACAGCACAAGCUUGGACGUUAUCGUGAUUACCGGUCAACUGGACUUGAUUGUCGCAACACCCGGCAAUGUGGCUUGGAUGGAGAAGGUUCAGUGGAGUGGACGUAAUCAGUACCUGCAAGCCCCCAGAGAUGGUGUUGGUCCACAAGGAAUGCUCGAAGGUUACCAGAAGAGCUUUGGGAACUUGUACAUGUACUGGGCGUUGCGUGCCGGUCACAUGGUCCCAGCCGAUAAUCCAGUCUUCAUGGAUUACAUUCUUGAAAAGCAUGCAAGUUAUCCAUAAUACUACGCAGAAUAAAAUUUGAAGACAUGGAAAAUUUGUUGUUUUAAAAUUUUGUUUUUGGUUCAUUAUCGCGUAGAUAACUUGACAAAGUAGACAAAUUGAAAUUAACUUUAAUUUUAGUCCUAAAAUCGUAAUUGAGAAAUCGUGACGACUAAAUUCCCUGAAACGGAUAGAAUUUUUCAGUGUUACUAUCACUUUUAGUCUAGCUACUGUAUAUUUUCCCGAGACCUUGAAUGAAAAUAAAAAAUGCUUUCCGAAAAUGCUCAAAAUAAUUUCCUAAAGUACUCUCUAUCUACACGAUGCUCAUUGUAGAUUGUCAAUGUUUGAAACCACUACAGAUUCCUUUAUAUUUAGUAAUCGCUUUCCUAAAAGGUCAGGUUAACUUCCUGCACGUUUUGAGAACUGAACUAUGGGUGAAGAAGGCCCAAUUUGUUUGCCUAUUUAAUUCAACAUAAAUAUACAAAUCUCUGCUUUCAUCGAAAUGAAUGUCAUCAUGUACAACAAUAAAACAACACGCUUAUCAAUGUCUUGUAUUUUUUUUUAAUUCAAAAUUAAUCGUUUUCUUUUGACAUUAUCGAGAAUUUUUUGCCACAAGCAAUUAACCACUAUGUUCGAUAACUCUUUUCUUGCAAAAGUCGCAGCAUCAUACCCUACGAACUACAUAUGAAAUGCCUGAAACGUCUGUCUGCUACCAUCUACACUGAAUUUACGUUAAGAAAUUUGAAAAUAAAAUAAUUAGAAAAUUUUUAAGGUCUACCCCUGGUUAGGUCAGGGGUUUUGAGUAACCUCUUUUUACUCUUUUUUCAUAUCUUUCGAAUGUAUUUGAUGACAGUUUGCUAAUAAAGUUGGAAGACCACAUCAUUAUCACGGCCUAGAAUAUGUCUUAAUUUAUUUUCGCCAAUUAUUCGCACCAACCAAAAAUGGUGGCUUGUGGGAGGUCAAGGAAUUCUCGGGAGGAAUGGGGAUCGGGAAUUGGGUUGGAAGGUAAAUAUAUUUACAACAGAUAUGUCCGCCCUAUUCGGGUCUAGUAAGGAGACUUGUGCCUCAAUCAUCGUCUAUUGCUUUACUUGUAAAACUUUUUUUUUUCU